AUGGCAUGGGCAUUAGCAAAACUAAAACUAAGCAUAGCAGAACCAGUUUUAUUUUUUCGUGGUACAAAAGAAGAAGCGAAUGGAUGUUUUCUACGGGGAGAUUUAAUGCUGAAUCUUGGUAAACCGACGAAAUUCAAAAAGAUUGAGAUGUCAUUUGAUGGAUUGGCAGAGAUUAGAAUACCAGAAGGAGUCGUUCGUAAUCAAUAUGGAAUUCUUGAAACCAAAGAAAUUAUUUCUCACAAAUGGACAUUUCUAGCUCCACCAUCUUCAUCAGAAUCAUCUUUAUCCGAUUCACAAGAACAAACACCAAAACCAUCACGAUUCAAACUUCUAAAUAUAAAAAAAUCUUCAAAGAAAGCCAACAAUACUAAGAAAUCACAUCUUCUCUCAUCAGGUGUACACACUUUCCCAUUUGAACUUUUUCUGCCGGGUAGUACACCAGAAACGAUAUCCACUGAUUUCAGCUCUAUAGCAUACAAGUUAUCAGCAAAAGCAUUUCGCGCUGGCUUAUUUCCCAACAUACAAAUGUCCAGUAUCAUAGAACUGGUACGAACUCAAACCGACCACGUGAUAUCACAAGGGAUCAACAUCGCACGUGAUGUAGAAGGAAUCUUCAACUACGAGAUGACAAUCCCGAAAUCAGCAUACACCCUCGGCAGCCGAAUUCCUAUCGACCUCAAAGUAAUCCCACAAAUCAAAAAAUUUCGACUGCACAAUGUCACUGUAGAAAUUCUCGAAAAACAAGUAUACAAACUCGCUUCACGGCAAAAAUUCACGGGGACACGAGUGGCUGUCACUUUGAAAAGUGACAGUUUUGCAAGUAUGCGAUUGACUGAGAAUCAUCAGGAGAACGAAGCUGAUUUGGUGGGAAAUGUGUCGUACCAUAGGAUAUUGUCACUUCAUUUGCCAAAAUGUUCGGGAUCGGUCAGUUUUUCGGGAGAGACACCGUUUGUGUCAGUUAGUCAUCAAUUACGAUUGACUUUUAUGAUUUCUGCACCAACUCAUGUGAAUAAACGAAUAGCUGUACGAGUGACAUCGGCGAUUACUUUGCUUUCUUGUCGGUGUGUGGAUGAUCAUUUGGCAUUACCGAAGUAUGAGGAAGAGG